AUGAGCCUCAUCAUCAUUGCCGAGUACACAAUUCGUAGCACUCUUUUCCUCAUCGAGAUGGCUGUGUUGCUGAGUGUCUUUCCUGGCAUUCCCGGCGCAGCAGCAUACUUCACAUGGUUUAUCGGACAGCGACUGUCAACAGCUUUGUCUGAUGAGCACUUGCCCGACUAUCAGGGGGCGCUUUUGUGUUUUGUAUUUCACGCAAUCUUCUUCCUUGUCGUUCCCUGGGGUAUCCUCCCUUUUUAUAGCAUCAGGAAAGAGUUGUCACCCUUGACACGUGGACUGAUCUCCUGUUCUGUUGGUCUACUCGCUGAGGCUCUGACCAUCAUCUCCAUACAUGUGGCUUUUGUCAGCUGGAAAUGGUCGACUCAGCUUGAGGAAGAUGGGUCCAUGAGCCUCGCCAGGCAUUGUCGUGCCAUGGCUAUUUAUUUGAGUGUACUUUGGUGCCUGCAAUGGCUAUUCUUUCUAUUAUCUUUAUCAUACAUCUUGGAAUUCGGUGUCCCCAAUUUCGUUAAGCAAAUGUUGGUCGACACUAGAAAGUUCUUAGCAGCUACUGGUGUCAGGCCGCUGCCUGGCCAUUCAGAUAUUAACAAGGAAGACUCGGUUUGA